AUGUCAAGUCAGGAUUUGCACACUUUUGCGAGCAAGUCAAGCAAUAAUACAAGCGGUAUUAUUCGACCUUCUAAACUCCCACUUUUCGGUCGACGUUCUUCUGAUAAGCAUCCUCCCCCACCAACUUCCCAAUCCCCUGUGUGUACAACUCUUACUACCACUACACCUUGUCGAGUCAGACCUUCUACGACUGUCAAACCUUUCUUUGCCUCGCAUUACCAGCCUAAUACCAGCGUGAAUGAAUCUCAACGCAGACGGUUACCUCCAAGUCAACCCAAUACAGCUGUCAGAAACAGCCAGCCAGAAACCAGCCAGGGUUAUCAAAGGGCUCACCUGAGUUCUAAUUUGUUGCGCUCUUCAGGAUCGUCUGUUUCCUCCACUUCUAAGAAAACUGAUUCCUCCAGUGGAGUUAUUCCCCAGUCACUAUCCUUUUCCGGUUCUAGAAAUGUCCAACAAAAUUCGCAACUACAACAGCAGAAUAAGUCUUCCACUUCUAAAUCCAAGUCUUAUAGAAUGGAGAAUAUGUCAGUGGAACAUCUGCAGUACCUUGAGCGUCGACUUCAACAACUACUUGAAGUUAUUCCUUCUAGACCUGGUAAAGCAAAAAGUGAUUCUGGCCAGCAGUCAUCUUACCCCAGUUGGAUGGCUGUUCCUCCCCCUCCUCCAGGUCAUAGUCUCCAUCAGUCACAUCAAGCGCUGCCUCAUUACCCGAUGAUUACCAACCCCUAUCACUUCCAUCAUCAAGCGGGGCCCACAUUACUAAUCUUUCCACCCCGCCAACAUACUGGACCACCUCAGAGCACCACAGGGAGAUCAGUGGUCUUCGGGGAGCUUGAUCCUUACUACCUCUCCUCGUCUUCUUCAGCAUCAUUUUGCUAUGCUGGAUCUGAGACCUCGUCUCUCCAGGACUUCAAUCGCGAAGAGGUAAUUAGAAUUUCAAACACCUUUUAA